AUGAAGUUGUCGGUAACCCCCGAAGCAGCCCUGCGGUUUACCAAAAUGAACGUCUAUUUGGUCAGUUCUUGGCCGCUGUCUAAAUCAAUAAGCAGAGUAACCAAAAUUUGGUUCAGCAUUCGCUGGUGGAUUGCAUUCAUUUCAUUACUGCUACUGUUCUUGCCCUUAACAAACAGUGUCUUUGUGUUUCGCAAGGAUUCGCUGGUGAUGGUGAAAGCAGCUUGUCAAAUCGGAGCAUCAGGUCAAGCUCUUCUAAAAUUGCUGAUCUGCCGAUAUCAGUCUGACCGCCUUCAAUUUCUGCACCAAGAGAUGGAAGUGUUUAUAAAAAACGCCGACUCUCUAGAAAAAAAGUUCCUGCAGAAAUACAUCGAGAAGAGCGGGUUCUUCCACGUCUUUGUGAGCGUCAGCAUGUGGGCAGUCUGUCUGGCGUUCAUAAUCGAGCCUAUCCUUCUGUCUCACCCUUAUCCAACAGACACUGCGUACCCGUUUGUUGUUAAAAGUGAAUCAUUGCGAAUCGCGUUGUACUUGCAGCAGGUAAUGGCGCUAUUUUUCGUCGCAGCGGCUCUCACGAUCGACUUCCAGGUCGCUACCUUGCUGUGGUUCACUUGCGUGAAGUUUGAAGUUCUGGGCCACCACUUUCGGGAGGUCUCAAGCGAACGGGAAUUGGUAGCUUGCAUCAAAAAGCACCAGCAAGUGCUCUGGUACGCUAAGGAAGUUAAAAAUGCAGUUCAUUACAUAACUCUUGCUACGAUAGCGACUACGACAAUUGGAGUCAUCUGUGGAUGCUUGACGCUGAUCAGUAAUCAACCAUUUUCUGUAAAACUGCGCAUCGCUAAUAUUGUUGGAAAUGCAACCUCAGAACUCUUCAUUUACGCGUGGCCUGCUGAUAAUCUUAUUCAAAAAAGCCAGGACAUUGGAUGGAGUGUUUAUAACAGCAAAUGGAUAAACGCUCCAAUUAGCAUGGUGAGAAUGACAAUGAACGUUAUUCAUCGAUCACAGAUUCCAGUAAUGAUAACUAUUAGUGGAGUGAUGCCGAGCCUUUGUUUGCAUUAUUACACAUCAUUUUUGUCUACCACGUUUUCGUAUUUUACAACUUUGAGGGCAGUUUAUGCAGCAGAUGAGACUGAAAAUUGA